AUGGCGCUCCAGGCGGCGACGUCCUUCCUCCCCUCGGCGCUCUCCGCGCGCAAGGAGGGGUCGGUGAAGGACUCGGCGUUCUUGGGUGUUCGUGUCGCGGAUGGCCUCAAUCUGGAGACCAGUGCUCUGGGCCUACGCACCAAGAGGGUGAGCACGUCGGUGGCCAUCCGCGCACAGACGGCAGCGGUGUCCUCCCCAUCAGUGACCCCCGCGUCGCCGUCUGGGAAGAAGACCCUCCGCAAGGGCACGGCGAUCAUCACCGGUGCGUCGUCCGGUCUCGGCCUGGCCACGGCGAAGGCCCUGGCGGAGACAGGCAAGUGGCACGUUAUCAUGGGCUGCCGCGACUUCCUCAAGGCGUCACGCGCGGCCAAGGCGGCCGGCAUGGACAAGGACAGCUUCACCAUCGUGCACCUGGACCUCGCCUCUCUGGACAGCGUCCGCCAGUUCGUCAAGAACGUGCGCCAGCUGGAGAUGCCCAUCGACGUGGUGGUCUGCAACGCCGCCGUGUACCAGCCCACCGCCAAGGAGCCGUCCUACACCGCAGACUGCUUCGAGAUGAGCGUCGGUGUCAACCACCUCGGCCACUUCCUCCUCGCCCGCGAGCUCCUCAGCGACCUCCAGUCCUCCGACUACCCCUCCAAGCGCCUCAUCAUCGUCGGCUCCAUCACCGGGAACACGAACACGCUGGCGGGGAACGUGCCGCCGAAGGCGAACCUGGGUGACCUGCGCGGCCUCGCCGGCGGCCUCAACGGCAUUGGCAGCUCGGUGAUGAUCGACGGCGGGGAGUUCGACGGCGCCAAGGCAUACAAGGACAGCAAGGUGUGCAACAUGCUGACGAUGCAGGAGUUCCACCGCCGGUACCACGAGGAGACGGGCGUCACCUUCGCGUCGCUCUACCCGGGCUGCAUCGCCACCACGGGCCUGUUCCGCGAGCACAUCCCGCUGUUCCGGCUGCUCUUCCCGCCGUUCCAGAAGUACAUCACCAAGGGGUACGUCUCCGAGGAGGAGGCCGGGAAGCGGCUGGCGCAGGUGGUGAGCGACCCCAGCCUGACCAAGUCCGGCGUGUACUGGAGCUGGAACAAGAACUCGGCGUCCUUCGAGAACCAGCUCUCUGAGGAGGCCAGCGACGCCGACAAGGCCAAGAAGCUCUGGGAGAUCAGCGAGAAGCUUGUCGGCUUGGCGUGA